ACGCUUCUGCCUCCUGGUCCCGUCCAUCGAUCCUUUCCUCAUCUUCCUGAUUUCUUUUCGCACUCGGCAAACCUAGCGAUUCGAUUCGUCUCACCUCGUAUCGUUCCCUCUCAUUUACUCCAAAUUCUGCAUAAUCAGUGAUCGGAACACUGCUCCGACGAUGAUUCCGUUGUCCUCCAAGAUUUCAGGUCAGAUUCGGUUCCUGCUCCAGAGCUUGAAUGACUCCAACGCCGAUCAGAUUUUUCAAGAACUCUCCCAGUGUUCAUUGUUUGGAGCGGAGGGUUGCAUAUUGCUGCUGCAAACUUGUUUCAACCACCUGAAUAUCUAUGAGGAAGAUUUGAAGAAUUUGAGUCUGCAUCCCUUGUACACUUCAAUAUUCAAGCAUAUCCUGGACAGACAUCACUUUAGCACAGUGCUCUGUAAAUCAUUGAGAGAAGAUACAGCAAUCACUGAAGAGUUUCUGCAAAAUCUGGCUGGUGCUCUGCGCUUGUCAUUACCUGAGAAAAUUGGAGUUGGUCUUGCACUGUCUGAUUCAGAAAAUCAAGAUGUUAAGAAUUGUGGAAAAAAAUUCUGUAUGAAUCAGCUUGCGGAGUUGUCUGCUAAUCCAGUUCCAUUCGAAUCGACUGAACUUGUUCAAAACAUCCUCAUGUUUCUGAGUCGAUCUGAAGGCCUCGCGAAGUAUGUAGAUUCAUUCAUGCAAAUGUUAUCUCUAGUCCAAUUGAAGGAGGGUGAUCAAUUUGUUCUAGUGCCUUUUCUACCUGAAGAUCAACGUUCAGAUAACUUCUUCAGGCACUUGGAACUCUACAGCGAGGGUGAUGAAGAUGAUUUUGAUGCUAUCCUAGUAGAAAUGGAAAAAGAAAUUUCCAUGGCUGAUGUGAUGAGUGAAUUAGGAUAUGGGUGCACAGCUGAUGUUUCUCAGUGCAAAGAACUAUUAUCUCUUUUCCUACCGUUGUCUGAAACCACUAUUGCAAAGAUUCUUGGUACAAUUGCCCGAACUUAUGCAGGUCUUGAUGACAACCAAAAUGCCUUUGCUACCUUCCAUUCUGCCCUUGGUGGCAAUAGUGGAAUCGAGCAACCACCUUUGACCGCUUGGAAUGUUGAUGUCCUUGUGGAUUCAAUCAAGCAACUUGCACCUGGGCUUAACUGGAUAAAUGUCAUGGAUAAGCUGGAUCAUGAGGGAUUUUAUAUCCCUAAUGAGGCAGCAUUUUCCUUUUUUAUGUCUGUUUACAGGCGUGCAUGCCAGGAUCCAUUUCCUCUCCGUGCAAUUUGUGGCUCGGUUUGGAAGAACGCUGAGGGUCAGCUAUCAUUUCUAAAGUUUGCAGUAUCUAUGCCUUCUGAAAUAUUUUCAUUUGCUCACUCUGAGAGGCAGUUGACUUACGAUGAUGCUGUGAAUGGACAUACAUUUCAACCAGGCCAAACAAAUCAUGCCUGGUCCUGUCGUGAUCUGCUGGAGGUGUUGUGCCAGCUAUCUGAGAAAGGCCAUGCAAGUGCUGUGCGAUCCAUCCUUGAAUAUCCACUGAGUCACUGCCCAGAAGCUUUACUUUUUGGGAUCGCCCAUGUGACUACUCCAUACAAUCUCAUCCAGAACGAAGUGGCUUCUGCUGUUCUCCCUGUGGCACUCAAAAGUAUUUCUGGAAACAGUUUAGUUCAUAAAAUGUGGCAUGUAAAUUCAACCCUGUUAUUGCGAGGAUUUAUAAAUUCAAUAAGCUUUGAUCCUGAAAAUAUCUCAAGGAUUUUGGAUGCUUGCCAUGAGCUAAAGAUUCUCUCUCUAGUGCUGGAUAUGUUGCCUUUUUACUAUGGGAUCCGGUUAGCUGCAGUUGCUUCUAAGAAAGAAAUCAUGGACUUUGAAAGUUGGUUGAACAGUCACUUGUUGAAUAAUAAAGAAGCUUUUUAUGAGGAAUGCCUAAAAUUUCUUAAGGAUGUUCAGAUUGGAGCUCCAGAUGUUUCUGCUAAUCGCAUUCAUCCCAGUGUUGCUCUGUUGAAUAUUUAUUUGGAUUCUUGCCCUGCUGUUAUAAAGGUCCUCCAGUCUCGGGCUAGUGCCAUUUCCUCGGCUCAGUUCUCCGAGGAAAUGGAAAAACUGGAUGUUAGUCAUAUGCGUGCGAACUCAAGAGCUAGGAGUGCUGAUUCAGCUGCAGGUGAUAAUGUUGCUGAUGAUAUCGAGGCAGAGGCAAACGUACUCUUUCAUCAAAUGUUUUCUGGUCAGAUGGCUGUCGAUGGUAUGAUUCAAAUGCUUACGCACUUCAAGGAAUCUCCAGAGAAAAGGGAGCAAUUGAUUUUUGAGUGCAUGAUUGCCAAUCUAUUCGAGGAAUACAAGUUUUUCCCCAAGUACCCUGAAAGGCAGCUCCGAAUUGCCGCAAUUCUAUUUGGUUUACUUAUCAAGCAUCAACUUGUUACACAUCUAACCCUUGGAAUUGCUUUACGAGCUGUUUUAGAUGCUUUGAGGAAACCGACUGAUUCAAAAAUGUAUGCCUUUGGGAGCCGGGCAUUGGAGCAGUUUGUAGAUCGCCUAAUAGAGUGGCCACAGUACUGCAACCAUAUAUUGCAGAUAUCACACUUGCGUACUGCGAACCCAGAACUUGUUGCAUACGCUGAUAGGGCACUUAGCAGAAUUUCAGCGGCUCAUGGUGAGCUGGAUGUUCAUAGUUUUUCUUCUGAUCAACAUCAUGGCCCAAUUCAAUCGUCAGCUAUGAGCAUGGAGAUUCCUGGCUCAUCAUUUCCCCUAAUUGGCCAUGCUAGCACUCUGUCUGGGCUGCAGAUUUCUUCUGGCCAACUUCCACAAAGACCGGCAAAUUCACUAGAUGAGAGGAAAACUUCUGCUUUGUCCAGUUAUAUGAAGCCUGCGUACACCACAUUAGGUCAGCUUGCGGUUCCUUCUGGAGACGGGACUAACAUUCAGAAGUCACAUAGCGGAAUUGGUGUGGGAUCUCUGCAUUCUGCUUCGCCUGGUUUUCCACGUUCAUCUCGACCCACCUCAACAAGGUUUGGUUCUGCCUUGAACAUUGAAACACUUGUUGCUGCAGCAGAGAGAAGAGCAACGCCCAUAGAGGCUCCUGCAUCAGAGAUUCAGGACAAAGUAUCGUUUAUUAUAAAUAACUUAUCUACUGCAAAUGUGGAAUCCAAAGCUAAGGAGUUUGCUGACAUACUAAAUGAGCAAUACUUCCCAUGGUUUGCUCAAUACAUGGUUAUGAAAAGGGCAAGCAUCGAGACAAAUUUUCAUGAUUUGUACUUAAGGUUCCUUGAUAAAGUUAAUUCUAAGCCUUUGAAUAAGGAGAUUGUUCAAGCCACUUAUGAAAACUGCAAGGUUCUAUUAGGAUCAGAACUUAUAAAGUCAAGUGUAGAAGAGCGGUCAUUGCUGAAAAACUUAGGAAGCUGGCUUGGGAAGAUUACAAUUGGCAAAAACCAAGUUCUAAGGGCGCGAGAGAUAGAUCCCAAGUCUCUAAUUUUGGAGGCCUAUGAGAAGGGACUUAUGAUAGCUGUUAUCCCUUUUACCUCCAAGAUUCUAGAACCAUGCUCCAAUAGCCUUGCAUAUCAACCUCCCAAUCCUUGGACUAUGGGUAUUCUUGGAUUGCUUGCUGAAAUUUAUGCAAUGCCAAAUUUGAAAAUGAAUCUUAAAUUUGAGAUUGAGGUUCUCUUUAAAAAUCUUGGUGUUGAUCUUAAAGAGGUUGCACCAUCAUCUUUGCUAAAGGAUAAAUACCGAGAAGUUGAUGGAAAUCCAGAUUUCUCCAAUAAAGAUGUUGGAAAUUCGCAGCCAACUGUGGUAAAUGAUGCGAAACCUGGAGUAAUAUCUACAAUGAAUCAAAUUGAUGUUCCCCUUGAAGCUACAUCUGCUCAACAUCCUGGUGGCCAUUCAAGAAUAAUAUCUCCGUAUGGCACCCCUCUCCAACAUCCACCUGGACCAUUGACGGAGGAUGAGAAGAUGGGGAGUUUGGGUUUUUCUGACCAGCUUCCUUCUGCACAAGGCCUUCUACAAGGACAGACACAGUUUUCAGUUAGUCAGCUUCCUCUGCCAACUGCUAAUAUUGAACAGCAAGUUGUUGUCAAUAAGAAGCUUCAGGCUUAUGGUCUACACUUACAUUUUCAGAGCGUGCUUCCAAUUGCCAUGGAUAGAGCUGUUAAGGAGAUAGUGUCGAGUAUUGUUCAACGAAGUGUAUCUAUAGCGACUCAGACAACCAAGGAACUUGUUAUGAAGGACUAUUCCAUGGAGCCUGAUGAGACUCUAAUAAGAAAUGCAGCACAUUUGAUGGUAGCAAGAUUGGCGGGCAGUCUGGCCCAUGUAACCUGCAAGGAACCUCUGCGAGGUUCAAUAUCUGCUCAGCUUAGGAACUCACUCCAGGGAAUGGGCAUAUCAACUGAACUUCUUGAACAAGCAGUACAACUUGUAACUAAUGAUAAUCUGGACCUUGGCUGUGUGUUGAUUGAGCAAGCUGCUACAGAGAAGGCAGUACAAACCAUUGAUGGAGAUAUUGCUCAACAACUUAAUAGUCGGAGAAAGCCUAGAGAUGCUGCUGGUGCAGGAUAUGUUGAUACAGGCUCAUAUUCACCAGGCCAAUUGGGGCUUCCAGAGUCCCUUCGCCCCAAACCUGGCCAGCUAUCUCAAUACCAACAACGUGUUUACGAGGAUUUUGCUCGCCUUCCUGGACAAAAAAGCGGAAACCAACAAGGUUCAAAUCCUCCACCUGUUGGCCCAUCUGUAUCGUCUGCCAGUGGUGGAGUGACCCAUCAAUUUGCAGCUCCAUCUGGCCAAAUAAGUUCAAGCCUUUAUUCAUCUAGCCAUGUAAAUGCUGGAGCUGGUGCUGUUCCACAGACUCUGGAAAUUGAUUCUGAUGAGGCAGAGCCUGUUGGUUCUCAGAUUCCUAGUGUUCCAUCAACACAUAUGAUGGGUGAUGUUUCACAAAGUCUAGAAAGUGAUACUGUUCCUUCAUUUCCUUCUGCUUCGACUUCUGAUCUGCAAGUGCUGGAAACUGCUAGCCCUGCUAAGGAGUCUGGAGCUACUGUGCAACCUGUUACUGCAUCUUUGGCUUCUGAACGUCCUGGAAGUAGCGUCUCCGACCCAUUGUUAACCACGGGUGAGGCGCUGGAUAAGUACCAGACAAUUUCAGAGAAGCUUGAAAAUCUCAUGGCUAAUGAUUCGAAGGAUGCUGAAAUUCAGGGCGUAAUUGCGGAGGUUCCUGCAGUUAUCCUCAGGUGCAUUAGUAGAGAUGAAGCUGCCUUGGCUGUGGCUCAAAAGGCUUUCAAGGGCGUAUAUGAAAAUGCAUCUAACAGUGCUCAUGUUGAUGCCCAUCUGGCAAUACUGUCUGCCAUUCGUGAUGUUAGCAAGCUUGUAGUUAAGGAGCUCACUAGUUGGGUAAUAUACUCUGAGGAGGACAGGAAAUUCAAUAAAGAUAUCACAAUUGGCCUUAUCCGCAGUGAACUUUUGAACCUGGCUGAGUACAAUGUUCAUAUGGCUAAGCUUCUUGAUGCAGGAAGAAAUAAGCCGGCAACAGAUUUUGCCAUUUCUCUUAUUCAAGCAUUGGUUGUCAACGAUUCGAAAGUUAUAUCAGAACUGCACAAUCUAGUUGAUGCUUUGGCAAAGCUUGCUGCAAGACCUGGGUCUCCAGAGUCGUUACAACAGCUGGUUGAGAUUGCCAAGAACCCUGCCAAUGCUGCAGUUUUGUCUCCGAUGGCUAUUGGAAAAGAAGACAGUACGAGAACUCCUAGGGAUAAAAAGGCCACUGGGUUUUCUGGAGGAAGCCGAGAAGAGUAUGCUACUUCAGAGUUGGUGGAUUCAGAUCCUGCUGGUUUUCACGAGCAGGUGUCUGCGCUGUUUGCUGAAUGGUAUCAAAUAUGCGAGCUUCCAGGAGCAAAUGAUGCAGCUUGCGCCCGCUAUGUCCUACACUUACAGCAGAGAGGCCUGCUUAAAGGGGACGACACCUCAGAUCGGUUUUUCCGCCGAAUCAUGGAACUUUCUGUGUCACACUGUUUAUCUUCUGAGGUCAUGAAUUCUGGCUCAUCCCAGCCACAUCAAGGACAGCCAUUGUCAUUCCUUGCUAUUGAUAUCUUUGCAAAGCUAGUGUUUUCAGUUCUGAAGUUCUCCCCCGUUGAUCAGGCGUCAAGCAAACUCUCUCUUCUGCCCAAGGUUCUUGCUGUUACUGUGAAGUUUAUUCAAAAAGAUGCUGAAGAGAAGAGGGCAUCCUUCAAUCCAAGGCCAUACUUUAGGCUGUUUAUUAAUUGGAUUCUUGAUUUGUGCUCUUUGGAACCAGUAUUUGAUGGUGCAAACUUUCAGGUGCUGACUGCAUUAGCAAAUUCUUUCCAUGCUCUACAACCUCUUAAAGUUCCAGGCUUCAGCUUUGCAUGGCUUGAGCUGAUAAGCCACAGGAGUUUCAUGCCAAAAUUACUAGUAGCAAAUGCACAGAAAGGAUGGCCUUAUUUGCAAAGAUUGUUGGUAGACUUAUUCCAGUUUAUGGAGCCUUUCCUGAGGAAUGCUGAACUUGGAGAUCCGGUUCAUUUUCUUUACAAAGGGACACUGAGGGUGUUGUUGGUUCUACUACAUGAUUUUCCAGAGUUCCUUUGUGAUUAUCAUUUUAGUUUUUGCGAUGUCAUUCCUCCAAGCUGCAUACAGAUGCGAAACAUUGUACUUAGCGCAUUUCCCCGGAAUAUGAGGCUGCCAGAUCCUUCUACACCGAACCUAAAGAUUGAUCUGUUGGCUGAGAUUAGUCUGACUCCGCGGAUCCUCUCAGAAGUUGAUGCAGCUCUUAAAGCAAAGCAGAUUAAGGCGGAUGUGGAUGAAUAUCUCAAGUUGAGACCACAAGGGUCCCCUUUUGUUGCUGAGUUGAAGCAGAAACUACUACUCUCUCCAGCUGAAGUGGCUCGUGCUGGGACUCGUUACAAUGUUCCUCUUCUCAACUCCCUUGUACUGUAUGUUGGGGUGCAGGCUAUUCAGCAACUCCAAGCAAGAUCCCCUUCUCAUUCUCAGUCAAUGGCUAACAUGAAUGCAUUCCUGGUGAGUGCCGCUCUGGACAUUUUCCAGGCCCUGAUAAUGGAUCUGGACACCGAGGGUCGCUAUCUGUUCCUGAAUGCUAUUGCCAACCAAUUACGAUAUCCCAACAACCACACGCACUACUUCUCUUUCAUUCUUCUCUAUCUGUUUGCCGAAUCGAACCAGGAAAUGAUCCAGGAGCAGAUCACCCGAGUCCUGUUGGAACGCCUGAUUGUGAACCGUCCCCAUCCAUGGGGUCUUCUAAUUACUUUCAUAGAGCUUAUCAAGAACCCGAGGUACAACUUCUGGAGCCGGAGUUUCACAAGAUGCGCACCUGAGAUUGAGAAGCUGUUUGAAUCGGUGUCGAGGUCGUGUGGGGGACCGAAGCCUGUGGACGAGAGUGUAGUGUCUGGUAGCGGCAUACCCGAGGGCAUGCAUUAACGAUUGAAUGUAGGAAGGACGGAUUAAAUUUCAAUGAUUUCUGUUGCUUGUAGGAUUUGCUGUAGAUUCUCUCACCUAUGUUUUUUUUUUUGUCAGAUUAACGUCCGGACGUUCGUUUUCUAGGGUUCUUCGACCUUUAACGCACCCCUAGUUUUGGUAAAAGUUUUUCAAGGCAGGCCCCAA